CGGCAUCGAUGGCCCCCAAGGCGGAGAAGAAGCCGGUGGAGGAGAAGGCCGAGAAGACCACGGCGGGGAAGAAGACCAAGGCCGAGAAGAGGCCGCCGGCGUUCAAGGAGGGCGGCGCUGACAAGAAGGUCAAGAAGAAGUCCAAGAAGAGCGUGGAGACGUACAAGAUCUACAUCUUCAAGGUGCUGAAGCAGGUGCACCCGGACAUCGGCAUCUCCUCCAAGGCCAUGUCCAUCAUGAACUCCUUCAUCAAUGACAUCUUCGAGAAGCUCGCCGGCGAGUCCGCCAAGCUCGCGAGGUACAACAAGAAGCCCACCAUCACGUCCCGGGAGAUCCAGACCUCCGUCCGCCUUGUCCUCCCCGGCGAGCUCGCCAAGCACGCCGUCUCCGAGGGCACCAAGGCCGUCACCAAGUUCACCUCCGCAUAGAUGGGCU